CACUCUGUCUUUGUCUAUCAGUGUCUCAUUGUUUUUGUUCACAAACAAGCCUGUAUAAGCCUGUAGGAGCUCCAAUCUGUAUCUGGGUCGGCAUUGACUUAGGCGGACGCACUGGCGGGUUGCUGACCAGGGGUCUUGGGAGACGUCCCUUGCCCCCGUCUGGAGGAUGACGUCCUCAUCUGUGAGGAAAGUCAGCUGCCACUGAAAUCCAACAAACCCUCAACUUACUUUCAGUUUUGCCUCCGUGGCCAUGGCAGAUUCUUCUCUGUAGGCGCCUGUUUGUCAGCUAUUGUGUUCAUCUUAGUCUUGUUGUUGACGAAAGGAAUGGGACAGACACAGACGACUCCUUUAUCUCUCAUGACAGACCAUUUUUCAGAUGUUAGGGAGAGAGCUCACAAUUUGAGCAUGGACGUCAGAAAGGGGAAAUUUCGUGUUUUCUGCACCUCUGAGUGGCGGUCCUUUAACGUUGGAUGGCUGCCGGAGGGAACUUUUAAUCUAACCACUCUUUUACAGGUGAAAGGUGUUAUCUUCAGGAAAGGAGCCUAGGGCCGUCCAGGCCAAAUUCCCUACAUCUUAGUCUGGUAGGAACUAAUUGAAAAUCUUCCCUCAUGGCUUAAACCUUUCCUUCCAUCCAGGGCAGACCCCAUGCCCAAAGUCUUGGCCCUACAAGGUCCAGUCCCAAAGUCUCAGAAAGACUCAGGACCUAAAGAAACCAAACCAUCCCUUUACCCAGUUCUGCAGGACAACAGCUCAGAGGAGUUGAUCUUUCCACCACCCUAUCAGCUCCUCCCAACCGUCCCGCCGGCAGAGCCAGCAGAACUAGAUGGAGGGGAACCAGUUCCGGAAGAACCGGUUCCUGUUCCUGAAAGAGGAGCUCCUGCGCACGGAUCUGUGGCAGGGACACGGGGCCGGGUCCAUCGGGCAGCCCUCAGUCAAGGACCUGCUGACUCAACUGUCCUUCCCCUGCACUCCGCAGGGCCCCCUGAUGAAACAGGAGAAUGGCCAAUGCACUAUUGGCCAUUCUCCACUAGUGACCUCUAUAACUGGAGAACUCAGAAUUCUAAGUUCUCAGAAAAUCCCAAAGAUCUUAUUAACCUUUUAGACACUGUUCUUUUUACCCAUCAGCCCACUUGGGAUGAUUGUCAACAGCUCUUACAGGUUCUUUUUACCACUGAGGAGAGAGAAAGGAUCCAGGUGGAAGCCCAGAAGUCAGUUCUGGGAGACAAUAGACAGCCCACCCAGAACCCAGAGCUCAUCAAUGCUGCUUUUCCCUUCUCUUGUCCAAACUGGAACUACAAUUCAGCAGAAGUGUGUAGAUGAUAUCCUGGUAGCCACUGAAGACCAGGAGAGAUGCCUGCAAGGCACCAAGGACCUGCUUUCAACACUAGGAGCCUUGGGUUACCGAGCCUCGGCCAAAAAGGCCCAAAUCUGCAAGACAGAGGUAAGCUACUUAGGCUAUAAAUUAAAAGGGGGACAGAGAUGGCUCAUGGAGGCAAGAAAAGAGACUGUCUUAAGAAUACCAUGCCCACAAAAUGUCCACCAAAUGCGUGAGUUCCUAGGUUCCGCAGGAUACUGCUGAUUGUGGAUCCCAGGUUUUGCAGAAAUAACUAGACCCCUCUAUGAAGCCACCAAAGAAAGACAGGAGUUUACAUAGACAAAGACUAUUUAAAACUCAUUCACUAGACUGAAGCAGGCCUUACUCUCUGCACCUGCACUGGGGCUUCCUGAUUUAACUAAACCUUUCUACUUAUACAUAGAUGAAAGUAAAGGAGUAGCUAAAGGAGUGCUGAUACAGUACAUUGGCCCUUGGAAAAGGCCCAUAGCUUAUUUCUCCAAGCGGCUAGACACUGUCACCGCUGGAUGGCCCCCCUGUCUGCAAAUCAUUACUGCGGUGGCUACCAUGGUCAAAAAUGCAGACAAACUAACACUAGGACAAGAUUUAAAUGUCACUACCCCACAUGCAAUUGAAGGGGUGCUCAAACAGCCACCAGACAGAAGGAUAAGUAAUGCCCGACUAACGCAUUACCAAGGACUGCUUUUAAACCCCGCUAGAAUUCUGUUCCAGACACCCGCUUCACUGAACCAUGCCACCCUCCUCUCUGACCCGGACUGGGAGGCACCACUCCAUGACUGUGGAGAAAUCCUGGCUCAUGUUCACGGAGUCAGAACCGACCUGUGAGAUCAACCACGGGCAGAAGCAGAUGCCACAUGGUACACCGAUGGAAGCAGCUUCAUGCAAGAUGGAGUAAGGUAUGCAGGGGCAGCUGUAACAACUGAGACAGAAACUGUCUGGGCUGAGCCACUGGCUCCAGGGACUUCAGCCCAGCAGGCAGAGCUGAUCAUGCUGACUAGAGCAUUGACUAUGGCCAAAGGCAAACGCCUUAAUGUCUGUACAGACAGUAGGUAUGCAUUUGCCACUGCCCACAUACAUGGAGCCAUCUACAGAGAGAGGGGGCUAUUAACUGCAGAGGGAAAAACCAUCAAAAAUAAAGAAGAAAUACUUGACCUCCUACGGGCCCUUUGGCUACCCAAAGCCCUGGCUAUAAUUCAUUGCCCAGGCCAUCAAAAAUCUGACACCCCGAUUGCCAAAGGAAAUAGACUAGCAGAUCAAUGUGCC